AUGUCUGACUCAACUUACCCUCCCGGCCUCCCCCCUUACAUCGUUGUCUUCGGCCCAUCCUCAAACUGUACCCUCGACCUCUGUCCCCUCGAAUACUCCGUCUACCGCUACCGCCCAAGCCUACCCGCUAACAUCACCUUUAUCGCCCUAUACAUCCUCGCCCUCCUAGUCCAUGCCUACCUCGGUUUCUGCUGGAAGCAGAUCUGGUUCAUGGUCUGCAUGAUCCUCGGCUGCCUUAGCGAAAUAGUAGGCUACGUAGGCCGAGUCCUAAUGCAUGGCAACCCCUUCAUGUUUGCCGGCUUCAUGAUUCAAAUCGUCUUCAUCACCUCCGGCCCCAUCUUCUACACCGCUGCAAUCUACAUCACCCUCUCCAAAGCAAUAACCCACUUCUCCCCCUCCCUCUCCCGCAUCCCCCCACGCCUCUACUACUGGAUCUUCAUCCCCGCCGACGUAAUCUGCCUCUUCCUCCAAGCCGGUGGCGGCGCCCUCUCUACCGUCUCCUCUGGCUCAAAUCAAACCGGCAUAGACCUCGCCUUCGCAGGCCUCAUCCUUCAAGUCAUCGUCAUCUUCGCCUUCUGCUUCCUCUUUGCAGACCACAUGCUUCGUUUCUUCCGUCACUCCUCAUCCUCCUCAUUCUCGAAGGGGGGUUAUGUCGGAGUCUCAAAAGCAGUCGCCCUGGCCCCCUGGCGUAUGAAUACCUUCCUCGGAGGCCUAGCCGCUUCCAUCCUCCUCAUCCUCGCCCGUUGCGUCUUUAGGUGCUAUGAGCUAAGGGAGGGAUAUAGCGGCGAGACGCUGUCUGAUGAGGGUCUAUUUAUCGGUCUUGAGGGCGUACUUAUCGUCGUUGCUGUCUUUGCUCUGUGCUUCGGCCACCCUGGCCUCGUUUUUGAUAGGAAGGAUCAGACUGUCAUUAAGGGUCCUGAGAGCGAAAACCAUAGUGGAUCGUCUUAUAGGCUAAUAGACUUAAGAGAGAGCCAUUAG